CAAAACUUCCAAAACUUCAAAAAACUCACAAACACAAAGUGAAAAAUACCAUGGAAUAUGAGGAAAUUCGUCGUUCGUGUGACAAUGUAGUUGAAGAAGAAGAUUAUAUAGACAUGGAAGUAAGUUCAAAUUCAAACAUAUUUUCACAAUUCACAAAUUCCCCUUCUCAAGCUAGAGAAUUUGAAUUCCAAAUGUUUCCAAAUUCUAUUGAUAAAGACACAACAACUUCACCAGCUGAUGAACUAUUCCAUAAUGGAAAACUUCUCCCACUUCACCUCCCUUUUGGUACAACACAAAUGGUAGAGAAAUUACUUCAAAAUCCUAUUAAACAUGCUCAUGGAACUCGAAAAAACGAUGUUUUUGAUGAGUCUUUUAGCACUCCUUUGUUCACAACCACUACUAAUACUCCUACGAGUAAUAACACUCCGUUUGAAUCAUGUAAUAUCUCUCCCGUUGAGUCUUGUCAAGUUAGCAGGGAACUCAAUCCAGAAGAAUACAUGUUCGAGUAUUCAGCUGAUGCAAACAACGUAUUUCCAGCAGACGAUGAGAACACAAAAAGGUCAUGGUCUAAGAAACUCAAGCAAAUAAAGAAUUCCACGUUUGGUUCUAAACUUAAGUCUUCGCGCUCUUAUCUCAAGUCUUUCUUUUCCAAAUCUGGUUGCUCGAACGAGUACUCUGCAGCUGCUUCAAGAAACAUCGAAAAAGGGCCUUUUCCAAUAGCUAAAGAAGGUAAGAAAGAACCAUUUGGGCAAAUUCAUAGAGGUGGUGCAAAUUCAAAAGGGGUCAAAAAAGAAAAUGAUCGCGAUCAAGAUAUCAGAGGUCGACAUAGAAGGUCAUUCUCAGGAGCUAUUAAAAGAUUUUCGACAACUAAAUCAUCUUCGUCUUCAUUUUCAUCGUCUACUUCUGGCUCCUUGUCAGCUUCAAGCUCAAAUAAUUCGAAUGAAUUUCAAGAAAUGCACUUCUUCAAGAGAAACAACAAUUCAUAUUCAGAUAUAGAGAACUCAAUUCAAGCAGCAAUUGCUCAUUGCAAAAACUCUCAGCAAGCAAGAAAGACAAUAACUGACAUUGGAGUUUGUUCAUUGUCAGCUUCUAAAGUGAUCACUGAAGAACAAGAAAGACCUGGACUCUGCAGGGGAUAAUUUUUUCCUUUUUUUAAUGAUAAUUGUGGCUUACAUGCACCUCGACUAAUUGCACGAGAUACCUGUUACCUUCCACCAGCAACAGACAUCAGGCAACUCUGUCUACCAAGGCUAGGACAGACGGGAGGAAAUCACCUAGGGUUUUUUCUUGUAAUCGUUUCUUCUUUUACUGGAGGAAUUGAAAUGAAAAUAACUUUUAAGUUAUCUUAUUAUAUGAUUGCUUCUUUCUUUCACAAUUUUGUGUAAUAAGCCUCUAUGUAGAUUAGCAAUACUUGGCUUUCCAGAGCAUAACUCUGUUAGAAAAUUUGUGAUAAAUGCCAAAUGAAGGUUUUUCUAGUACAUUAUUCCACCGAGUA